GUCCUCAGUAUCUCGGUGAAACCGACUCUUGCUCCUGGUCAAGUUCUAAACGGCGUAAUGGUGCACAGAAUAUUUAAGCAAAAGGCUAUAUACAUCAGACCAUUAGAACAAAUAUGUGAUGUCAGCAGUUUCAGCAUAAAGAGAUCCUUAGAAGAAAAUCAGGAGAAUGACCAUGUACCUCAGAGUCCAAAGGUAAACUUCUCAUGUGGAUUGAUAUGCUAUCUACAUUUUAACACCCUCGGGACUAGUUUACCUGUAUAAUGUCGAGAAUAAAAUAUGCCGUCCAGUUAAUGUAAACCAUCCAACCACUGAUGCAAGCCCAAGACAAUGUGCGCAUUACUUGCCUGCCACCUUGAGAGGGCUGGUUGUUAAUUCAAAGAUUGCAUUUUUUGUUUUUUAAAUUUUUUAGAAGAUCAUUGUUGAAGAGACUAAAGAGGAUCUUCCACAGAUGUUGGAUGCUGCUCAUGAAGGUAAAAUGUUUACUGAAUGUUGUCGUGGGAAAUAAAGAGAAUAGAUGAUGCCUAUUAGCACUGUACUCUGACACCACAAUAUACAACUUCAGAAAGGAAACAAAACUUUGAAAACUACUGAAAAUUUUGUUUUGAUGUCUUUAUUUAUUUACAGAAAGCCCAAGUACAAGUAGUUGACUAGAUGCCGAAAUGCACAAAUGAUCUGGAUUUGUCAUCCUUUAUUGAUCAUAAUGAUUUUGAAGGUAUAAUUCAGAAACUUAUAGGGGUUUGAAAAAAUAACACUGUAAAAUACUACAUUUUUGUAACCCCUCAUUUUUAGGAAUGCCCUGACAAAAACAUUCCCCUUUGAAAUUUUGAUGCUUGUGAUACAUCAGAAAAGUCUUCACCAUACUUGUUAUAUUAUGCUUUUUAUGACACGAACCCCAAGUUCUGUCUGUUAUUGUUCCACAGCUCUGCCACUUUUUGCAAGUCAAGAGAUAUCUCAUGGAGAAAGACCUUUAAAGCCUGUGACUGUUCACAAGGCUCUUCUAAAGGGUGAAAUGAUUGCUAUAUUCAGAGAUCCAAGUAUACUGCAAUAUGAAGUUGAUUUUACUAUAAUUGGACACACUGGAGUAGAAGAGGAAGGGCAAGGGUCAGGGGUACUUAUAGAGGUAUUAACAAGCUUUUGGCAUGAAUGUUUCAGUAGUUUGACUGUUGGUGCAUGA